ACCAGAAUACAUGGCACUGCAACCCACAAGACAGCCAUCUUUGGAUUUAUAGCCAUGAAAACCUCAAAUCCUAAUUAUUCUGGCUUCCUUUCUGAAAGCAUAUUUGUAAAACACCAUAGAAAGAAGAAGGCUGUCUUCAGGGUUGUAGCUCCAUCAUCAGUUGCUGAUGAUGGAAAAAGCAAGGAUCUGUGAAACAAAGGAAACUUCUACCAGACUACAAUCCAGAAGACAGCCAUAUUUAUACUCACUGGGCUGUGAGGAACCCAAAUCCUACCAUUGAAAGAUUCAGAAAAGUAUGGAUGGGUUGGUCAGAUGUGUAUCUGGAAGGCAAGAAAAGUACAUAUAAGGCAGAAAUUAUUGAGGGAUUUUGGCUUCUACAGUGUUGUGAAACCAGGGUUUGUUAGUAAGGGGCACCCAGUACCAGAACACAUCAGUCGGCCAUCAUAUUUUGAUACAUUUGUGCCAUCCCCUGCUCCAGAUGAAGCAGAAAUCAAGACACCAGCACAAAUAAAAAAAAUAAGAGAUAGUUGUAGAUUAGCCCAGUUCAUACUGGACUCUGUUGGUAAAUACAUUAAGGUAGGCUGUACAACAGAUGAUAUUGAUGCUAUAGUUCACAGCCUGACAAUUGAAAAUAAUGCAUACCCAUCUCCACUGAACUACAGAGGUUUCCCAAAGUCUGUAUGCACAUCUGUUAACAACGUAGCAUGCCAUGGAAUCCCUGAUGAUCGCCCUCUGGAGGAUGGUGACAUUAUCAAUGUAGAUGUUACUGUGUAUCUAAAUGGCUAUCAUGGUGACUGCUCAGCAAUGUUUCUGGUUGGAGAAGUAGACAAAGAUGGCCAAGCAUUGGUGAAAGCUACAGAACUAUCACUACAGCGUGCAAUUUCAAUUUGUCGACCAGGAGAGUACUUUUGUAACAUUGGGAAUGAAGUGGAACUAGUGGCACACAAGGCAGGGUUCACUGUUGUACCAUGUUUCACUGGACAUGGCAUUGGCAGCUACUUCCAUGGCCCCCCAGAUAUAUAUCACUGCUAUAAUAAUUACCCUGGGAAGAUGGAAGCUGGGAUGACAUUUACAAUAGAGCCUGUACUAGCCCAGGGGUCACACGAAAUAGUUAUUCUGGAAGAUGGCUGGACAGCUGUCACACUGGACAAUGGAAGAACUGCGCAGUGUGAGCACACAGUUCUCAUUACUGAUGAUGGUGCUGAGAUAUUGACUGACCAUGUUACAUAGUACAAACUGUUAUGGUUCAUCGAAAAUGUGGAUGCAGAACAAUGUUGCAUCAUUAUGACAUUUCGUUUAUUAUUUUAUUAGUAAAACAAUGAUUAUGUUUGCCUGCUACAGUCUUUCAGUCUGAAUAGUAUUGAUGCAAUUCUGCCUUCCACUUCUAUUAAAAUUUAGAUAUAAAA